AAAUGUCUAAAAAUUAAUAUAUAAAUCUUCAAAGUUCAAGCAUGUGUUGUUAUUGUUCUUAAUUCAACUAAAACUAAUUUUAAAUUAUUAAUGAAGAAGAAAUACUAAAAUGAAAGUUAAAAUAGGAGAUGUCGUAUUACCAGGCGAUUUCUGCGAUGAAAUAAUGGCUGUUGGUGUAAAAUCCAAAGUUGUAUUAGGGCCGGGUUUAAGGAAAGAAGUGGAUCAAGUCUACAUUAUGAAGGCGGGAGUUUUAAGGAAACGAAACCCCAAUACAUUUUGGGUGGAUAGUUAUCAGAAGCGAUAUGUCCCUUCUAGAAGUGAAAAUGUUAUUGGUAUAGUAGUUCAAAAAGCCGGUGAUUUGUAUCGUGUAGACAUUGGAGGAAGUUGUACUGCAGCUUUGUCAUAUCUUUCAUUUGAGGGUGCCACAAAGAAGAACCGACCUGAAGUUCAAAUCGGCGAUGUUAUUUACGCUAAAAUGCUUGUUGCUAGCAAAGAUAUGGAACCAGAAUUAGUUUGUGUAGACUCACAUGGCAAAAAAGGAAGACUGGGAGUUUUGAAUGAUGGUUUUGUUUUUAAAUGUUCACUGAACUUAAUAAGAAAAAUAUUGAAUCCUAUUUGUCCUCUAUUAGAGUCAUUGAAGAAUGAAUGGCCAUUUGAGUUGGCUGCAGGCAUGAAUGGUAGAAUCUGGAUUAAAGCUAACACUAUGAGAGAAACAAUUGCUGUUGGUAACGCAAUAUUAGGAGCUGAAUAUCUGAGUGACGAUGAAAUCAAAACCAUGUGUACUAAUAUAGCUAGCAUCCUUGCUGGUCAUGUAUCAUAAUUUCAAUAGAUAAUAAAACCAAAUAAAACAGU